ACAGUAAUCUUACUUUACGGCACACUGCUGUCAAGCAGGUCAACCGAGUUAGCACAGCUAGUUAGCUAGUGUCUCCAAACAGCGCGAUAAAUGUAUAUAUGUGCGUCGAACUCACGUAGAUAAAUUGGUAAAACCAUACUACUCAUUACCUAUGUCAAAAAGCUUAAUUAAAUGAGUUUCAAAAGUAUAAAAUGUUAUCUUAAAUCUGUGUGAGCCCUAACGGUAGAUUCAAUUUCGUAGCAAUGCGCAUGCGCAGAAGCUUCCUUGGUGUCACGACAGGUAAUUCUGCUGUAACUCCAGACACGACCUACACAGCGUUGGCCUGUUUACCUUGCAAAACCGACCCACCUGUCCAGGUACAGGACAGCAACCGAUCAGCGCACAUAGCAGAACGGUUAUACUUACACUUAAUUCGGUGUCUUGUGAGGGCUGCUGGUUGUCCUGAAUUUUAUUUAGAGUGCUGUACAGAGUUGAUGUGAUGCCGGAGGAUCAGGCAGUGCACUGAGCCUCUCAUGGCUGUCAGCACCAUGGACUCCGAGCCGACCCGAACACCUCAACCCGGGGCCGGCCUGACAAAAGGAGGCUCCUCCCUGUUGCCUGACGGGAUUCUCGGCGCCAAGUUGGGUUCUCAUGGAAAGCACUACGUCUGUGGCUCCAUGGCAGCCUUUACCAACAUCUUGGUGACCUUCCCCAUUCAGAAAGUGCUGUUCCGCCAGCAGCUGCACGGUGUGCUGGUUACCGAGGCGGUGCAGCAGCUGCAGAGGGACGGGCUGAGGAAUCUGUACAGGGGCCUGCUCCCCCCACUGCUCCAGAAGAGCACCACGGUGGCCAUCAUGUUCGGCCUGUACGAGGACUUCUCCAGGGUACUCCAAAACCACGGUGGCGGCAGUGGCGUGCCAGAGCUCGUCACGCGAAGCUUUGCCGCGGCGCUGGCAGGAACCACAGAAGCCAUCCUCACGCCGUUUGAGCGCGUUCAGACUCUCCUGCAGGAUCAUCGGCACCAUGCGCGCUUCAACAACACAGCACACACCUUCCGGACACUUGUGACCGAGUACGGCGUCCGAGAGUGUUACCGCGGCCUCGUGCCCAUACUCCUCCGUAACGGUCCCAGCAAUGUGCUGUUCUUCGGCUUGCGCGGGCCCAUCAAGGAGCUGUUGCCAGAAGCUAAUAACCAGGCAGGUCACUUGGUAAAUGAUUUUGUGUGCGGAGGGGUGUUGGGAGCAGCUCUCGGCAUUAUGUUUUACCCGCUAAACGUGGUCAAGGCGCGGGCUCAGUCUCAAGUCGGCGGAGCCUUCCAGCCGUGCCGGAAGGUGCUGUUAACGGUGUGGAGGGAGAGGGGGGGCAGCGUGGUCAUGCUCUUCAGAGGAGCCCAUCUCAACUACCACCGGUCACUGAUCUCCUGGGGGAUCAUCAACGCCACCUACGAGCUGCUACUGAAACUCUUAUGAAAGGAAAUAGAAGAUGUAUGCAAAGGGAACGCCGACGUGAAGAGGUGGGAGGUGUGUGGAAAGAGACUUGGCGACGUAAAGUCUGUGUGGUUGAUGUCUGGCUCUGUUAUUCCAGGACUGAGAGAGGAGAGAAAAGAAAGGGGCCACCUAGGAGUGUAAGAUAACCACCUGCCAUUGUUACUUUUCAAUGUUGUAAUCAUAAUAAAAUCAAGAUGCACACUUCAGCCUUCACAUCCUUUGUGCCAGGGUCCAAAAGAAAUGUCCAGAGACUAUUUGUCAAGAGGAGAUUCUUAGACUUUUGCCUGUUUGUUUCUCACUUCCCGCUUAUUACAAGGUCAUGCUGAAAAUAUAAAAUUAUUAAUGCCUAUGAAAUUUCUCACUUAUUUUUGGAAUGGGACACAAAAUAUGAAAAUGUCAGGGUUACAACUAGAGAUGCACCAGUUAGUGCAAUUGGCUGGUUCUGAUCAGCCAUUUCUCUUGAUCAACUGAUUGGUCAUCAUCAGGGCAAAAUAUUGUAAGUUUUUUUUUUUUUUCAUGAAGUGCAUCAAAACUCUAAUCUGAUUUUUCAGUCUUUAACUAGCAAAAUACACUAUGAUGUCCAAUUCUGAUUAAAGAUAACAAAUGCUUCAAGGUGUUAAUGCCAAUGAUCUUGUAAUUCCUUCCCUUUCUGUUUUUAUUCAAAGCUACUUUUUUAUUGUCUUCUGGGAAAACAAACUCAAACUCAAUCGACAUUAUAAGUCAGGUCUCAAUGAUGAAACUGUUAAAGUUAAUUGGUGUGUCUGUAGUCAAUCUGUGGUUUGUUUUUUUACCUGCUUUCUGAAGUGCCACAGGCCAAAGUUCUUUGAAUCUAAUCCACACCCAUAUUUGCAAUUUUUUUUUUCUUUGAAAGGAAUUAAAAUUAUAUUUAGACUUUGUGAACAACAUGAAAAUAUACCCAACAAUAAUCUUGAUGUGCACCUUUGCUCCUUUCAAUGGUUUUGGACCCUUUCUAUAAUGCAAAACAUUGAAAUAAGUACUAUUGAAUGCUCAUUCUCCCCAGUUGGAUUCUGAAACCUCUCUUGUUUUGUCCUGCUGAUAUAUUCUCCCCUCACGGUUACUCUCCUCCCCGUCUGUAACAUCUGUUGACAUAAUGGGCUCAGAUUUCAAGCCUGAGUAGUUUCAGCCACCACACCACAGUUCUGAGCGUGCCCGACUGCCCAAAGAGGAAAGGCACGUUGCUUGGACAUUUGAGAGACUGAAGAUUAAUGGCGGAGGGUGAAGACAGGGGCAGAGGAUAAUGUUCAGUGGCACAAAAAGCUCAAGCUGCCACGUAAAAUGGACCAUUUGGCCUAAUUUUUUCAAAUGUUUUGCUUCUCCUUUCACUCCUCCCCUCAAUGUUCAAGGUUACAUGAGGUUUUUUUGUUUCUCCUUUCAAACAAAAGCUUUUGUAUUCCAGUUUUACAGAAGAGUUCUUCCUGCUGGUUUUAAAUAACUUUGCCUGUAAUUGUUCUGAAAGUCAGUACGUUACUCUGAAACUGUAAAGUUGUUCACUGCAGCUAAAUCAAGUCUUUGAUAUAAAUAAAAACGGAUUUGUUGCA